ACACUAAACAAAAACAGAAGUGUGACUUUGAAAAUGAGACUAAUUUGGAGUAAUUGUCAUUUCGGUCAUUGUUGCGACUGAGCUGGAAGCAGUGACACCACGUGACUCCUGUAGCGAGGGCCUGCUGUUUGUUCAGCCAGAGAGGCAGAGGAGAAGAAAAAAUGGCGGCUCUCGGUGCACCAGAACGGGACGCCGGGCUAAUGUUUUGAGCUUUCACACCCGAAAAAGACACGGGGGCUUCACGGGGCCUAUUGCACCGUUUGAAUCGUCGCCGGUUCAGCUUUGUGGCGGUACCGCUUUCGCUCGCGUUCGUGCAGGCUAAAGAGACGCAAACAUUGGGAGCGUAAAAUAAUAGAUUUCGCCUAUCAUGAGAGGGAAAAGGGGCAGGCCGCCCAAACCGCUACAAACCGAGGAGCCAUCUCCAGCUGCGGCCCGGGGCUUGCGACCUAGAAGGAAUUUGAAGCCCAGGCUAAGGGAUAGCGGGGACGAGGACGCUGAGAGCCCCACAAGGGAGACCGUAAAGACGCCGAAAAAGAGAAGAGGGGGACCGUCGACACGGGGCAGGGGACGAGGGAGAGGUGCUGGUGGCAGAGGAGGCAGGGGUGGUCGUGGAGGAAGGCGGACGCCUGCAUCCAAAGCGGUUGUGUACGACGACCACGAGAGCGAGGAGGACGACGAUGCUGUCAGCCUGAGGUCGGAGGAAGAUGAGUUUAUUGAGGAGGAACCUCAGUCCGAGGAGGAAGAGGCCCUCAAGGAGGACUCUGACUGCCUGGAAGAUGAUAUGCUUGAGGAGGAGGAGGAUGAUGCCAGCUACUGCACAGAGAGUAGUUUUCGGAGUCAGAGCACACACGCCAGCACUCCGGGGAGGAAAAAAGGCAGAGCUCCCCGACCUCGAACUCCCAUUCUUGAAGAGAAGGAGAUCCCUCCUCUUGAGCUUCCCGACACCUCUGAGGACCUCCUGGUGCUUAAUGAGGAGCUGCUCAAUGCCAUCUCCAUCUACGAGGCGCUACGGAACUUCAGCACGGUGCUGCGUCUCUCCCCCUUCCGCUUCGAGGACUUCUGUGCAGCACUGGUAGGCCAGGAGCAAUGCACUUUAAUUGCAGAGACCCAUAUUUCCUUGUUGAAGGCCAUCCUGCAUGAGGAGGACUCCUCCAACACUACCUUUGGCCCUGCUGACCUCAAGGACAGCGUCAACUCUACUCUGUACUUUAUUGAUGGCAUGACGUGGCCCGAGGUGUUGCGGGCAUACUGUGAGAGCGAUGUGGAGUACCAUCAUGUUCUGAAAUACCAGGAGGUGGAUGAUUACCCUUACAGUCCUCUUGGAAGUAAGAUUAAGGUGCUGCAGUUUUUGGUGGACCAGUUCCUCACCACCAACAUCGCCCGCGAGGAGCUCAUGUCUGACGGCAGCAUGCAGUACGACGACCACUGCCGCGUGUGUCACCGCCUGGGUGACCUGCUGUGCUGUGAGACCUGCUCGGCAGUCUACCACCUGGAGUGUGUGAAACCACCACUGGAAGCAGUUCCAGAGGACGAGUGGCAGUGUGAGAUUUGUGUGGCGCACAAGGUGCCCGGUGUCACAGACUGUGUGCCUGAGGCGCAGAAAUGUAGGCCCUACGUCCGCCAGGAGCCCAUUGGAUAUGACCGCCACCAGAGGAAAUACUGGUUCCUCAACAGAAGGAUUAUUGUUGAGGAGGAUGGGGAGCACGAGAAGAAAAAGAUCUGGUACUACAGCACCAAGGCUCAGCUGGAGGAGCUCAUGGAGUGCCUGGAUAAGGAGUACUGGGAGAUGGACCUGCAUGCAACCCUCGAGGAGAUGAAGGAGGAAGUCCAGGCUCACAUGGACAUCACAGAGGACCUUACCAACAAAGCCCGUGGAAACAGUAAAGCCUACCUCACUACAGCCAACGAAGUUGUCGUGGAGCGUUUGAAGGUCAGGCGGGAGGCACGGGAAGCAAAGACUCGAGCAGAGGAGUCGAAGCAGGAUUCAGAUAAAGGAUCUGUAAAUGCAGCCGACGCUACUGCUGAGUCCUCGUCGCAGCCCGACAACAGAGAGUGCAAAGCGGUUAAACCAAUGGGUGAAGCUGGUUCACAAGCGGCUAGCGCUCCCCCUGCUGCAGAAGAGAGCCAUGCGUCAGACCCUGACCCGGGCUCUGCCGCGCUGGACACAGCCCCGCCUAAAACAGAAUCCAUUGAAUCAAACAAGGAAGCACAAGUUUCCCAUUCUGGGAGCCAGGAGAGCAGUGAGCCAGCUCCAGAUGCGAAGCGGGAAAGGACAGACGAGGACUCAAAAGAGUCUAGCAGCGAAGUCAGGCGAGCCGGUGCUCCGCAGGCACCAGCUCAAAAUCAACCACAACAGCCGCACUCGUCUCAAGCGGAGGCGAAUGAUGGCAGCAGCCAGGUUUCUGGAUCGGCAAGUCCCAAGAAACCCGAGCCACCUGACCUGGCCGAUAGGUCCUCUCAGUCCUCUUUUACCAGCCAGGAUGGGACAGAGGAGUAUAAUGAAAGGGUCAAGAAUGAGCGAGGAGCGGCGCAGGAAUCUAAUAACCAUAUGCCCAGAGGGAGCAAGGAGUCAUCACCCGUUCGCUCAGACGUCGAGUCCUUACGUCUCAGCUUCUUGAAAAGGGAUCUGACGGUGAAUUUGAACAACUUGUUCAAACUGGGCCAAGAGGGUAAAUACAGGGUCUACCAAAACCAGUACAGCACCAACGUCCUGGCCCUCAACAAACAUCAGCACCGGGAGGACCAUGACAAGAAGCGUCACCUCUCCCACAAGUUCAGCUUGACCACCGCGUCGGAGUUCAAAUGGAAUGGCUCCAUCUACGGUUCGAGAAGCCUGACCAUCUCCACCCUGCGUCUUACCAUCAUCCAGCUGGAGACGAACAUCCCCGGACCGUUUAUGCAUCCCAACUGGGCAUCACACAGGACCAACUGGAACAAAGCAGUGCAGAUGUGCAGCAAGGCCAGAGAAUUUGCUUUGGCCUUGGCUAUACUGGAGUGUGCCAUCAAACCAGUGGUCAUGCUGCCUGUAUGGAAGGAAUCCCUUGGACACACAAGGCUACAUCGUAUGACCUCCAUGGAGCGGGAAGAGAAGGAGAAGGUGAAAAAACGAGAGAAAAAACUGGAGGAUGAGGAAACACUGCAGCAGGCCACAUGGGUGAAGUACACCAUCCCCAUCAAACACCAGGUGUGGAAGCAGAAGGGGGAGGAGUACAGAGUGACGGGGUAUGGCGGGUGGUGCUGGGUCAGUAGGACACGCGUGGCCCGUUUUGUUCCAAGGCUCCCAGGAAACACAAACGUAAACUACCGCAAAGAACUGGAAGCAGCUAAAAUGAGGAAAGAAAAUGCAGCAGACUGUACAAAUAAGCAGAAAAUGCCAACAGAAACGGAGACGGUUCAAAACAAAGCCGACGAGGGCAAAGAACAAGCAUCCGUCACAGAGUCGUCUCAAAGGGCCUCGUCCGAUGAGGACCAUAAAUCUGAGAACUCCACAGAGGAGGAAAAGCCUGCAGAAGAGGCGCAGGAAAAAAAUUCUGAAGCAAAAAGAGAAGAUGAGAAAACAGAGGCUUCUUCAAACACCAAGCAGGAUAAUCCUGAUGGCAAAGGCCCUUCCUCACCUACUGCACAUCCUGAACAGGACGAGCCAACCCAGAAACUCGAGCAACCCAAGAAGGAGGAACCUGCAACAUCGAGACUCUUCUCUGACGUCGUGAACGUCAGCGAGGGCUUCCAGCUGCGCACAGUUUAUAAGAAGAAAGUAAAGCCUUCCAAGCUGGAUGGGCUCCUGGAGCGCCGGGUGAAGCAGUUCACCUUGGAGGAGAAGCAGAGACUCGAGAAGUUAAGACAGGCAGCCCUGUUGUCCAAAACGGCUGCUGCAAAACCUGCUCCCGUUAUUAAGACUGAAGGAUCAACCAGACAGCAGACAGCUACGACCCCGUGCGUUAAAGUAGAAGAGAAGGACGAGAGCCUACAAGUGAAAGAUGCCGUGGUUAAAAAACUCGACUUUGAUCAGGAGCACAUAAAUGCAAAGACGGACGGCCUGGAGGUCAAAUCAGAGGAGUUAGCAGGACCUGACAAAGGUAAACAGGCGGAGGUAAAUUCUGUGCACGGAAACAGCGGGGAGGCUUGUGCCCAUAAAGAGGUGAAUGGAGGACCCUUAACUAACCCUGGCCUUAACAAUAAAAACAACUGUAUAACAGAGACAUUAGAAAACAGUGAAAAAACACAGAAGUCUGAGAAUUCUAAGAAACGUGCCUAUGAGGAAGUUGAGAAAGACUGUGAACAGAGUGACACAGAGCGCAUGGAGGUAACCCAAAGCAAGACCAGUCCAGUACAGGUGAAUGGGAACACUGUGGUCACAGAACCCGUGCACUCAAACCCAGAAACCCGAGAUCAAGGUGACGUCAAAGAGCCCGUCAAGUCCCUGAUGAAUGGAAACCUCUCGCAAAACGAUGUAUCCGAUAUAUGUCACCCCCCUCCUAUGAAAGUCCCAAAAUUAGAGAAUCAUGUUGGAGAGAAAGGAGACUCCGUUAGUAAGAGUGAGGAUGUGGCCAUGGAUACCAAGGAGGCAGUGCCUGCUACCCUUCAGUCUUCAAGCCCUUCUUGCCAGAAUAAUAAAAUUACAGAUAAUUGCUGUAGUGGUGAAGGUUUGAAGUCCUCUGCCACCAGUGACGUCGCCACGAAAGCGUCUCAGAACUCCCUGACACCAGACACGCCCAGCAGCACCAGCAAGCCCGAUGUGCCCGUGGGAAGUAGCGCAGUUUCCUCCGUUGCCGUUUCCAGCUCCGCCACCCAGCCCAGCUCCGGAACGCCAGUUUCCCAGAAGACGAAACUUCCAGCUGCUGACGCCAAAACGGUCGCCUCUGGUUCACCCAGCUCCAUGACAAUAAGUAAAGAGUACUCCACCAAAAACAGAGUCAGCCUUCUAAGGUUCUCCAAAACUAAGAAGGCCCGCUCGGGCACAGCCCUGCCGUCUUACCGCAAAUUUGUCACCAAGAGCAGCAAGAAGAGCAUCUUUGUCCUGCCGAACGAUGACCUUAAGAGACUGGCGAGGAAGGCAGGCUUCAGAGAAGUUCCCAUCUUCAACUACAAUGCCAAGCCUGCUCCAGAUAUAUGGCCAUACCCUUCACCUCGACCCACCUUUGGAAUCACGUGGAGGUACCGUCUUCAGACUGUGAGGUCGCUGGCAGGGGUCAGUCUAAUGCUGAGGCUGCUGUGGGCCUGCCUGAGGUGGGACGACAUGGCCGUUAAGCCCUCUGCUGCUGUAGGGACAACGCGAAAAGAAACAACAGAGACAGACAUCACCACAACGGAGAUUAUAAAACGAAGAGACGUGGGGCCCUAUGGCAUCCGCUCUGAAUACUGCAUCAGGAAGAUCAUCUGCCCCCUCGGAAACAGAGACACUCCCAAAGAAACUCCCACUCCACAGAGGAAAGGCCUGCGCUCAAGUGCUCUGAGGCCUAAGAAGCAGGAACCCACUAAACCGACUGGUCCUGUUGCUGUGGAAACGUGGGUGCCUGAGGAGGAACUGGAGCUGUGGGAGAUCAGAGCCUUUGCAGAGAGGUUGGAGAGGGAGAAGUCACAGGGCGGAGAUCCCUCCAAGACCGGCAGUAGUCUGAAGACAGCGGAGGAGGUCAAGGCCCAUUUAGAGAACCAGCUGAAGCAGGCCAGACUGGCAGCCCAGCAGAAACGUCUCGAGCAGCAGAGACCGACCACAACUGCCACAACAACCACGACAACGUGCACCACCACCUCAGCCGGCACUCCCGGCACCCCAGUAUCGGUGGGCCAGAAGACAAGUCAAAUAACUUCAGGAACCAAGAUGGUGUUGGCCUCCAAACUGAGCUCUCCAGUCCCGUUCCAGCAAGACAAGAACUUCCAUCAGUCGUUUGCUUCCUGGGUCAAGCAGGGUCAGGCUAAUAACAGCUCAGCCUCCACUGUGGCUGGUAGCAUCACCACCUCAGAGCAAGCCUUCCAGAUCGCUGGUAGCCCAGUGACUGUGGCUGGCCAGGUCCUCGCCGCCAAACUGCCACUGCCCGCUAACAGCAAGAUUGUCACCCUGAACAUGCCCACUACUCAAGGAGCAGGUGUAGUGCAGCAAAAGGUCCUGGGUAUAUUCCCCUCUGGGCCUCCUGCGAACCUUAGGACAUACAGCACACUACAUCCUACAACUGGCAACAUCAACCUCAGAGCCACAACCUCCACCUCAACCACCCAGCAACAGGUCACCACAGCAGGAGGCCAAACGCAGCCCAGUACCGCAGUGAAUCAGCCACUCACUCCGUCUACCUCUGUGGGCACAGCAGGGGUCAGAAGUUCAGCUGCUCAGCCAGGUCAGGUUCAUCAGGCUGUGGCUCCGAUGGGCCGUGGCCAGCCUGCAGCUGUGCCUGGUUCUACACCUGUGCAGGCAGCUUUGGGUCAGAGGGCUGCAGGUCCUGCGCCAUCACCAUGUGCUGCCUCCACAGCUCCUGGACAGUCUCCCGCAGCUCCUCCCCAGACACAAAGACCGCAGCAGGGUCAAGUUAAACUCACUAUGGCACAGCUCAUGCAGCUUACACAGAGUGCACAGGGAGGGAACCCAGGUCUGACGGUGGUGAUCCAGGGUCAAGGCCAGACCCAGGGACAGCUGCAGAUCAUCCCACAGGGUGUAACAGUCAUCCCCGGCCCCGGUCAACAACUAAUGCAGGCAGCUAUGCCCAAUGGCCAGGUCCAGCGCUUCCUCUUCACUCCAAUUCCACCAUCAUCUUCAACUCCAACUUCAGCACCCGCUCCUGCUACCCCUGCCAAACCCACCGCAGUCCAGACCCCCCAAACCCAAAUGUCAACUCCUCUUCAACCCAGAGCCUCUGCACAAGUCCAGACGACUCCCUCAUCCUUAGCUCAAACCCAAAUGACGGCCCCUUUGCCUGCCCCAACGCAUGUCGCAGGCCCAACACAGAUGCCAAGUUUAGCCCCCGCUCCAGCUCCAGUCCCCGUGCAAACCCAAGUCGCAGCCCCCGUGCCCACUUCCCCACAAGCCGUCGUCCAGGCUGCAUCUCAAAUGCACCUUUCAGCCGCUACCCCGUCACCCGUCCCUGCACUCUCGCAAAUAUCCACUCCCAUGGCUGCUUUGCCACAAGUUGCAACCCACUCCUCCACACAGAUGUUGCCCUCCACACCAGCCUCAGCUGUUGCACAGCCCCAGCUGGCAAUAUCGGUUCCAGCCCUCCCAGCACCAAAUGCGGGCCCACCUAUGACUCAGAAACAGGUUUUGACCUCAGCAUCAUCACAAGCUGACCUCCAACCUGUGGUCCAGACCCUCGUCUCCAGCCUCGCACCCAGUUCUCUACCUACACAAACCCAAACUGCAGGCUCACCACCAGGACAAGCUGCCCCCAGAUCCCAAGUCCAGACACACGCCUUCAGUUCUGCCCCAGGGUUAUCCUCCACCCCAGUUCAGGUGCAUGCUGCUGAUCCCCUGCUCCCUCAGGUUGCUGGUGUUGCAGCAGCUGGUCCUAACUCUGUUCCAGUGCCCAUUUCUGCCUCUCUUCCUUCACCUGUCCAAGCUCCCUCCCCGGCCCUCGCACCCGUCUCUGCUCCCGUCAUAGCCGUCAUGUCCACGCAGAUCGCCGUCCCGUCCCCUGCCAGAGCUCUUACUCAAAUCCAAGCCACAGGUCCUGUCCCCCUCCAUGCUGCUGUGGCAAACGCUGUUGUCACACCAGUUACUGCCACCUCAACAACACCUUCAGUGCCAGCUUUGACAGAGCAGAGGGCAGCUCAGCCUUCAGGAUGGACUCCCACCUCGCCUCAAGCGCAGACUCCAGUUCAGCCAGCUCUACAGGCAGCAGAUGCUGUUCAGCCACCCGCUCUGGCUGCUGUACCCGCCUCCACCCCUGCUCCGAUCGCCACUCACUCCCCCAUUACUCCGCUGCCUCAGGCAUCCCUGACUCCUCAGUCUCAAGCACAAGUCCAGCACCCGGUUGUCGUGUCUGUGCAGCAGGUGGCACAAAUGCCGGUCUCAGCAGUGCAGGUUCAUAUGACGGGAUUGCCGGUUUCCUCUGUCGUGACCACCAUGAGACCCGCUCAGCCUCAGCUUCAGCCCCAAACCCACACUCAGCUUCAACCCCAGUUUCAAGGCCAAAUCCGUGCACAGGUUCAGGUUCAGCCUCGUGGCCAAGUCCAACAGUUGCCACACAUUCAGGCUCAAGCGCAUCUCCAAGCACAACCUCAAAGUCACCCCCAGGUCAGAGUUCAGUUUCAGCCACGAGCACAGAUCCAACCACAAACUCCGCAGCCACCCCAAGGGCAAGUACCCCCUCAUGCUCAGAUUCAACCUCAGGUGCAAUUUCAAUCCCAAACAAAAACCUUGCCUCAUGUUCAGGCUUCAAACCAGGCCCAGAUCCAACCGAGGGUCCAACCUCAGUACCACCACCAGGUACAAGCUUCAUUCCAAACGCAGCCGCAAACCCAACCUCAGGCUCAGCAACAGCCUCAGAUCCAGCCGCAACCCCAGGUUCAGCCCCAGCCUCAGGUUCAGUCUCAGGCCCAAAGUCAGCUUCAACAGCAGCCUCAGAUCCAAACCCAACUCCACCCACAGGUUCAGGUUCAGUUCCAGCAACAAAGCCAGAUUCAAACUCAGGCCUCUCAGCAGCCCCAGGUCCAUAUUCAGUCACAAGUUCAAACUCAAGUCCAAACCCAACCCCAGUUUCAAGUCCAGUCAUCGCAACCAACUCAAGUCCCGCAACAGCUUCAGGUCCAAGCCCAGCCCCAAGUCCAAGCAAAGCUCCAAGUCCAGUUCCAACCUCAGAACCAAACUCAAGUUCAAACACAGCCUCAGAUUCAGGUCCAGUCUCCAAUCAGGCAUCAGCUCAUCACAGUUCCAGGUCUCCAGCAGCCCGUGCAGCUGCUGUCAGCUCUGCCGCCCCACGUUGCAGCCCAGAUCCAAGCCCAGAUCCAGGCGCAGGCGCAGCAGCAGGGUGGCACAGUUCCUCAGCAGAUCAAACUGCAGCUUCCGAUCCAGAUCCAGCAAACCGGGGGACAGAUUCAAGCCCACCAGAUCCAGAAUAUGGUAACCAUACAGGCACCGGCAAGCGUCCAGGAGCAGCUUCAAAGGAUGCAACAGCAGCAGCAACAACAACAACAACAACAGCAGCAAGUUCAACAACAGCAGCUACAGCAAACACCAAAGAAGAAGAAACACCAGGAGGCUAAAAGGGAACAGAAGGAGCAGAACGCACAGGCGAUCAGCCCUGGAGACGGCAUCCAAAAACAGGCGGUAGUGAAGCAGAAUGCUACAGCAGAACAGCUGAAACAGAGGAAGACCCUGGCUGCUGCUGAGCGAGAGGAGAACCAAAGGAUGAUCGUCUGCAACCAGGUGAUGAAAUUCAUCCUCGAUAAGAUUGAGAAGGAUGAGAAGCAGGCAGCUAAGAAAAGAAAGAAGGAAGAGGUGGUGGAGCAGAAACGCUCCAAGCAGAAUGCCACCAAGCUCACCGCGCUCCUGUACAAGCACAAAGAACAUCUCAAGGCCGAAAUCCUCAAAAAGAGGGCCCUGUUGGACAAAGAGCUGCAGCUGCAAGUGCAGGAGGAGCUGAAGCGGGACAUAGCCAGGCUGCAGAGAGAGAAAGAGAAAGCUCGAGCUGCUAUUGCCCAGGCUGCUGCAGCAACAGUCAAGGCUGCCUCUUCCCAGGCUUCCCACUCCUCCCAACUCUCUCACUCCACACAUUCCUCUCACAGCACGCGCACAGUGACCUCACCUUCAUCGUCCCACAAGCGGAAAAGAGAAGACGAGAGAGACAAAGACAGAAACAGGGAGAGGGAGAGGCAUCACGACAAGAGUAAGAAGCGGGACAGGGAAAAGGACAAAGACAAGGAGAGGGAGCGACACAAAGACAGAGAUAAAGAUAAAGACAGAGACCGGGAGAGGGAGAGGGAGCGAGAACGGGACAGACAUCGGGAUAGGGACCGGGACAAGGACAGAGAUAGGGACAAAGACAAGGACAGAGAUUCCAACUCUUCAAAACACAAGAAGAAGAAGAAGAAGCUGUCUUCUACCUCAAAGGAUCACAAGAAGGACACCAAAUUGUACUGUAUCUGUAAAACGCCCUAUGACGAGUCAAAGUUUUAUAUCGGGUGUGACCUGUGCUCCAACUGGUUUCACGGCGCCUGCGUUGGCAUCACGGAGAAGGAGGCCAAGAAGUUAGAGGACUUUGUGUGUAACGACUGUAAACGCGGGCAGGAGGGAGGAAGUAAUGAGGAGCUGUACUGCAUCUGCCGGACACCAUACGAUGAGUCGCAGUUUUACAUAGGCUGUGAUCGCUGCCAGAACUGGUACCACGGCCGCUGUGUGGGCAUCCUGCAGAGCGAAGCCAAUCACAUCGACGUGUACGUGUGCCCGCAGUGCCAGUCGACAGAAGACGCCAUGACGGUCCUCACGCCUCUCACUGACAAAGACUACGAGGGGUUGAAAAGAAUAUUACGCUCAUUACAGUCUCAUAAAAUGGCAUGGCCUUUCCUGGAGCCAGUGGAUCCGCAUGACGCGCCUGAUUAUUAUCGUGUGAUCAAGGAGCCAAUGGACUUUUCCACAAUGGAAACCCGUUUGCAAAAGCGACAUUAUCACAAGCUCACAGAGUUUGUGGCAGACGUGACCAAAAUCUUUGACAACUGCCGCUACUACAACCCCAACGACACGCCCUUCUAUCAGUGCGCAGAGACGCUCGAGGCCUUCUUUGUACAGAAGCUAAAAGGUUUCAAAGCGAGCAGAUUGUCAGAUUCUUAAGUGGGCCAGUCUAGCUGGAGUCUGGACUGGAUGCUGGGGUCUCUAGUAAUAUUGAUAUGAAAGCAAAACAAAAAGAAUAAAAAGGCACAAGAACACACACAAAACACCAGAAGUUUUCAGGAACCCGUUGUGAUCACGGUUUUCAGUGACAACACAAUGGCAGCCAUGUUGACAGGUGUCAAUGAUGUAAUUGAAGGGCAUGCUGUCUUCACAUCCUAAACAUAGACUGUAUAUAAAAAACGAAAGUAGCCCCCAACUUCAACUUUAUGUCUGCUUUCUUCCUUAUGGCUACAGAAAACAAGCCACUGACUUUCACUCUCAGUCAACAGUCUCAGGUCUUAUCGAAUGCAACAUUGUUGCUGUCAAAACUGAUAAUGGUGAGCCACGGUGGCUACUUCCAUCUUUUAUAUACAGUCUGUGAUCCCAAAUCAGGAGUCGUGGCCUUUAUGAACAAUCAGUCACACUAACGAGGGUUGUGUUCAGUAGAAAAUGCAUUUUAGUUUCUCAUUCUUGUAUUUAUUUCAGUUCUACACCCGAGUUGAAUUGGGAAUUUUGACUCAACGAUAUAAAGCUGCAUAUUUUAAUAUAGAGAGAUAUUUAUAAGACGUUUUGUAUACUGCCUCCCUUCUUGAGUUUGAUUUUUUUUUUGUUGUCCUGGCUGUUAAGGUGGUUGUCUUGAAUGUACAUACCUUUAUUCUUUUUUCUUUUUUUUUUUCUAAAUCAUGUACAGCGUUUGUAAGAUAUGCCUGUAUUUGACUGUUUUAAAUAAUAAUGAAAUAAUUUUUAGAUAGUAUUAUUUUAUGAGACUAAAAUGUACUAGACGGAGUGAGGAGUUAGAGCAAAGUAACCUCAGUUUGUAGUUGUGGAAGAUUUCUUCACUAAUAAAAAGCAUUCCCAGUUAAUUACACCAACAUGGCUGCAGGAUCCCAUGCAGACCCCUUUGCAUCCUCUUGUCUCUUGUCUGAUCACUGUUAUAGCAAUAAACAACCUUGCGAAGGGCUCUCAACUUUCCCCUCUCUUCACGUUCUGUAGGUCUCAUAACAACAAGCUUCAAUCUUCUGCAGCCUCUUAG